CAACGCUGUGCGCUUCUGUUCUCUUGGUAACAUGCCCCAGCGCUUCACAUACGUCAUAAGUCUGCACCUCUCGCCAAUAUUCAUUGAUGGUGGUGCUUCUCUUACGCUACGAUACGUACAGGAGGUACCACCAUGGUACCAUGCAAUGCGGUAUGAUGGUGGAAGAGGGUGCAAUUUCAACUAUCGCCAUUGCAUUGCAUCACAUUGUUUCCAGGUCUGUAACCCUCCUCUUCAGCCCUGCUGCAGGUCAAUUCAACCUCCCUGUCUCAGGCCAAUUGAUGACUCCUCACACCGAACCCAGGAACCACCUCCAACCUAUGGAUAGAGUUGAUCAUGGCCCGUCACCGCCUAUUCCCUGCACUUGCUAACUAACUAUGCUGUAUGUAAGGACUAUGGGCCUUGCACUACGGACUACCCCUGCACUCGCCGUUGGAUCCCUGUCCGGUUGAUGCGGUACGGGUACCCAGUAGCCAGGCUCGUUCAUCCACACCUACUGCGUUGCUGCGCCUUGAGAGCAAGCCCGUGCUUUCUCAGUCUCACUCAAUGGAUAAGUUGAGUUUAAGGCAUGUUUCUGGCUUCCUUCGGAACAAGAACCACCCGAUGAAACAGAGGAAAUCAGAGCACAGGGCACUUGACGCACAAGGUCCUAGAAGCCAUAGCCUCCGAAAAAAGUAAAGCCCCCAAAUUCAAAGGUCCUUUAGACCCCCCUCCCCUUCCAGGCCCAAGGCAUCUUUGGUCCUUCAGCGGUGGGUCUGCACUAAUUAUCCCAAGCCUGCAAUAGACGCGCCCCAGCCUUUGUCACCUGUCAAGGCAGUCAGACUCAACUUGCGGCUAUUGCUCUCACGCACUCUUACUGGCGUCUCUGGCGUCACUGGUGCCUUGACACACAUCCUGGUGAUGUUCUCGGGGAGUGUUGUUUGUCAAGAAAAGCCCCGAACCGGGGCGUGUCUUUAUGACCUUCGAUGCUCUCGUCCAGGCUCCAAGCAGGCCUAUAAGGCUGCGAUGCCUCUUUGGAAGUUAAUUGUCUUAUCCUCACUUCCUAUCUCUAUGUUCAUAAGAUUCAUAAAGCAAGCGAUUCUCCAUUGAUCCUCACUGUCUUGCCUUCAAGCUUCAUCCUUCUUGUUCAGUGCCCCUUGCCUUCAUUACGAACUCAGACCACGAACGAUUUCCUCCUUUGUUGGUUCACAUAUUAUAUUAGACAUCUUACUGGGUUGUGCAAUUUCCUGUCUUCUAAACCAACCACCAGGCCAACAACUUCACGGCCCACCACCACAACCAUGUGCUAUCAACUUGUCGAGCUCUAUUCGGCCUGCCGAUGCCCCUACUACACCCAUGCUGUUGAUCGCUGUGCAGCAUACGGCCGCCCAGGCCAUCCUAUCCAGCAGCGAACGAUCCUCGUUGGUUACCUAUGCUCUGCACACUCGAGUCAUGGUGCUCAGUAUGCGUCACCACAUAGCUACUCCGACAGUGGCUACCACAGUCGUUACUCGAGCUCAAAGAGCUAUCGAUGAACGAUUCUGUCUUCGGCAGUGGGAUCUUGCUCUCCAAGACUCAUAAUAUUCAAGUUCGACGAUUGGGUUUUUUACCUUCUCUCCUGCAACCCAUCGCAGCUCUCCUUUUUGUUAGCAGGAUUUCGUUGGACUGGUGGGGUUCCGAAUGAGGUUCACCGCUAGGCAUAUCCUUUUUGCAGACUUCCUGGCUCUAUCGUCGCCCAUUGGGGCCUCCUCGUUUUGUGGAUGGCCACUUUUGUUAUGGAGAUCACAGCAACGUUGCCGAGGGCCUGGGAAUGAGAUAUGAUAUGGACAUGAAAACGAUCACGACGGAAUGCCUUCUUUUCGGUUGGGGAAAGCAACUCGCAUUGCUGUUCCCCCUUCACAGGCAUUUCUUUCUUUCUUUCUUUCUUUCUUUCUUUCUUUCUUUUGACACAUGGCAUUGUUUUCUUGAACCUGUCGGUGGUUCUUUAUUUGCUGGUCGGCUACAGUAUCCAUCAACGGAGGGAAAAUCUCUCAACUCACAUUGUCGGAUGGCGUUUAUUUAUUUAGCCUUUUGCCCCUUUGCACAGCGAUGGAUUUAUUCGUGCGACUUCAUUUUCGCUUGGCUGGAAACAAGUCAGGAUACAGCGACAUUGGACUACAUCUUGGAACAGCAGGUGCUGAGAGCCUCGCGGCGAUUUUAAACGGUGGGAUUUCUAUUCUUGCGCAUCAUGGGUCGAGACAUUACUGGUAAUAAGUCUCCGCCCCCGGACUACGGUACUGCGAUUUGUCUUCUUCUUCUUCUUCUUCUCCAUGGAUGUCUUUUUUGACAAAAGACGAUUCACAUCUUAGGGUCACUGGGACUUUUAUCACGGUUUGCAUUUGAACUGGCCGGGCUUGCUAAAAUGCUUAUAGCAUUAAAUGUGGACAAGGGAUGGCUGGCCAUUAUUUCGUUUCUUUUGGAGAGGUGAUCUUUCAAAAUCUCCGAUGUAUUCUUUUUGUUUUCAUACUGCAUCACCUGGGCUUAUAACAAAGCAUUGAUUGCAACAGUCACCCUGGUCAUGUAGUACAUAUGUUCUUGACUUAGGAACUGGGUUCCCAAUCGAACAACGAGCAACAGGAAGUGUAACGUUGAACGUUCCACAAUAUGGAAAAACACAAUUUAACCUCUACUCAAUACUCUCAAACUCUUCUCGUGAAUCAAAAUAGAAAGCAUGAUGGGUGCCUAUUUUACUGAGG